AUUGGCCUAAAACUGGCAUGAUCCCUGUAACUCCUGCCUUGUUUUCGGAUGUGCUUUCCAAGCUUUUAGCCACAUGAGGUCAAGCCACCCAAGUCCCUUAAAACGAUGUAUAAUUAAACAAGGCCUCGCUCUUGGGCAAGAUGGCGCCGCCUGAAGACAACAUGAAUAAGUAAAUUUGAUCUCUGGUUUAUUAUUCUUUGUUACGUCUCUCGUUACUUAUUAUUUUGUACAUUCAUUACCCCACUAGAUGUCGUGCUGCUAUCCGACGUAAUACCCGUACAUGUUGGAUAAGGACUUGUCUUUGAAGAUGGCUGCUGAGGUUGAAGAGCACCCUGUUUCUGGCGGUACGGAUGAGGUCAAGCCUUACAAGAUACACUUUUCAUCGAAAUAUCUAGAUAUCACAAAACAGAAGCUCGAAACUACCAGGCUACCCCAUGAGCUUUCAGAACCGAAAUCGAAAGAUUGGUGGGAGCCAAAAUCUCAAGUAGAGCCACUCAUUGAUUUCUGGCUUGAACAAUAUUCCUGGCGAACACACGAGGAUCUCUUAAAUAAAGAGCUACCUCAGUUUCGUACCGAAUUCUCAAUACCGUCUUCUGAAGCAACUGUCAGGAUUCACUUCAUCCACGCUCAUUCACCUCAUACUAACGCGAUACCCCUUCUUGUGAUACCCCCAUUCCCAUUCUCAAGUCUCUCAUUUGGACACCUUAUCAAACUGUUCACAGAACCAGAAGAUGCUGCAAAUACUCAGCCCUUUCAUCUAGUUAUACCUUCUCUUCCAGGUAUAGCGUUCAGCGAUGCGCUUCCAAACAAUACCCCUGUUAUCUCAUCCACUGCGGAUAUUCUAAACUCAUUAAUGAGCCGCCUUUCAUAUCCUCAUUAUCUAGUGACGAAUGCAAGUUCCGGGUCGGCCUCACCGGCUGAGAUCGACUUUAAGCUUGUCAAUCACCUAAUAAACUAUCAUCCAAAUUCUUGUCUGGGCGCUCAUCUCAUAUCACCCCCGUUGGCAAAGCCGAGACUCCGAGAAGCGCCAGUUGAGUGGGCAAAGUGGUCUAUUGCCAGUUUAUUACAUGCCCCUAUUCUUGGAUACCGCAGUGAAGACUUCUCGGCUCUUGAACAGAAUGGGUAUGUUCGUACGUCAAAGAAAGCGCCAACGCCUGCCCAGCUCGGAUUAAACCAAUUGAGUCUCCGGGAACCUAAUACAUUAUCCUAUGCGUUAUGCGACUCUCCGACAGGCUUAUUGGUCUUCAUAUUGAAAACUCUUCGAUUACUCAGUUCCAAGAAGGAAUUUACACCAACAGAGGUGAUUAAUUUCACCCAGCUCGCUUGGUUACCUGGUCCAGAAGCAGCGCUGAGAUUCUGGGCAUAUUGCAUAAGGCAUCCAGAGGAAGUGGUGAAAAAAGUGACCCCAAGGCCGAAAGUCGGAAUCACGGUCUUCUUAGGGGAUAAACCAAGUGUUGAAGAGAGCGCAGAAGCAGAAGCGGAGACCGGCGAGUUCGUUGAGGAGGAGACCAAGGACACCUAUAUUUGUCCCAGCUGGGCUAAUGCGAAGUAUAAAGUAAUAUAUACUAAUCGCGCCACUGGGAGGUCAGGGCUUCUAGCCUGGGAACGACCAGAAAUUAUAGCCGCGGGUGUGAGGGGGGUUGCUACUUCAAUCUUGAAGUCGGACCCCCGACUCCGGCCGUCGUCGGCACCAACAACUGCUCCCCUAGAGCAAGUUGUUAUUCAGAGUGAUACAGCAGCUGGUGAGCAGCCAGUAUCCUCACCGGCAAAACCAAGUCUGGCACUUCUAGCGCCACCACCUGCUGCAGAAGAGCGAGGCCAUCCACAUCGGGCAAUCAGUGGGGAGACCGCGGUUGCAAGUAGUGAGAGCGUUGCCGAAGGAGCACGCUCCCCAAGACUUGAAGUCCCUAAUCCAGCGCAUCUUGCACCGCCCGUUGAUGACACGGCUGCAGAGCAGCCGGAUAAAGAAGGGCAACAAUCUCCUUAGGACAUAGUUGGUUAUACCAUACGCUAGUAGUUAUAAUGACUUGAGAAUUAGUCGGAUAAGGAGGACGAUUGAUGUAUAACUCAUAUUCCGCUUUUUUUAUGUUAACGAUACCUUGCGAUGAUGAACAUUUGGGAAACUCGCUUGCAUUAAUGGAAGCGAAAGGGGUUAUUUAUAGCGGAGGAGAAUGACGCUACCGCCACGAUACCAAUAGACUCAAUUCCAAUUCAAGAUACA